UGAAAUUGGAGGAAGAUAAAACAUCUGGCACCACUAGCAAUGAAUCACUCCUAUGUUAUGCAGUAAUGAUGAACAGCAUCAAGCUCGUGGAAAGCAAGUGAAAUAGGAAUGGCGAAAUCUUCUGGAAGCAAAAGUAUAGAGAAAUGUUGCAAUGAAUGUCCUGUUUUAGGAAAUCCCUUUACUAGGUGUCAUGUUUCUGAAUUGCUACAGGUCACCAACACAUCCUCCAUUUGUAUGCCAGUAAAUGUGAGUGCAAAAACUGUUAAUUUUUUUUGUUCACUGCAGUUAUUGUUCCUUGCAGAAUACCCCAUAUUUUGCAUCCUAGACACAUGAAAUGACCAGAUGUCCCACCUUGUUCUGUGACAAAUUAUUUCAGAUAUUGGUGGUGCCAAAUUCAGGUGUAAAUUAUAAUAAAUGUGGAAUGUGAGAAGACCAUGCCUCCUCCACAUUAAGCAUGUAUACCCUUCUGCCCCCUUGGUGUGCGCAGUGCAUACUGGCAAAAGUCACCAGUGGUUUGUACAACAUUUUUGCAGCUUUUGGUGUGCACAUUGAUAAAUUGCUCUCUAUGGAUUUAUUUAUUUGUGGAUUUUUGGGCUUAAAGAACACUCCUAUAAAUCCUAGGCUUUUUUGUGCUUAUUGCUUUUUUAGGCUAUGCUCAUGCUAUCUUUUAGCCCUUUUUCUCUUCACACACAUUUUUCAGCAGUUUUUAUUCCUUUUGCAGCUGUUUAGAGCUCCCAAAUAGUGUGUAAACAUAGCAUAAUUCAGGUUUUGUGCCAUUUUCUUACAAAAUUUACUGGCGCUUUAUUGGUUGCUUUUGUUCUAUGGUGUUCUUUCCCAUUUCAGAUUAUAUGAAUUAUGGAUUCCUUUUCAUGCAAUGCACCAGAAAUACCCAACUUUCAAAAAACAAUGGAGGUCUAUGGGAGAAAUCUGUACACUGCAUUUUCAAAGAAAAAAAACCCCACUGACCAUCAAAUAAAGACUGUUUGUAAGGCAUGUUCCAUUUCCCUAUUGACUUCCACCUAUCAUCUGGCUGCAGUGUAUUUAGGCUAUUGACUGCUGGUAAAAAAUGAAAACUACACAAAAUGUGGAAACCUCUACGUUUGACAGAAAACUAGGAACAGAAUAGUGUGGUGAACAUUGCAGACAUUGGAGAAAUGGUGGCCCAGAAUCAGGAUAUAGUGGUUCAGCUUCCACCGUCUUCAAGUGACACACGCAGCUCUGUCACAGGAAAUGUGUCUGUGGGCUAAGGCUCAUUUUCUGAGUUGCGCGCCAUUCGGGAACUUUCUAGAAGUCGUUUCUAAAUUGUUCUGUUCAUAGUUACACGGUGCAAAGUUUCCAUCAUACACCUGAGGAAAAAUGGGGAAGGGGAAUAUAUUUCGGUAUGUGUGCCAGUUGUAUAUGUCUAGUAUAUAGAACUAUCUUCCCUCUCGGAAUCCAUGCUGUGUGUGGAGAUGUGACAGGUGCAGAGGACAUAGUUGUGCGGCCACCAGCAGCACAGGCGUCAGUCAGGUAACAAGUCAGGAUAGCGGCGCCAUGUCCAGCGCUCCCCCCGGGAGGGAGGUGUGUUCUUCUCUGACGAGCGCAGCAUCAGUCUCCGCUGAGCCCGGCGGGUCGCCUAUUAAAUGGAGGUGGCGGGCACAGACAGAUCAUUGCAGGACAUGCCACGGUACACACCAGGCGGCUGUCAUGUUGCACUGGAAUGAGGAAGUGGAGUGGAGAGGGGUGGGACUGAGACCUGAGCUUCAUCCUGCGGCGCCUCUCAGAGCAGCACAUGGAGCAGCUGCAGGGGACUGGGAGAGCUGUCUACAGCCAACCCACGGCAGAGCAGAUUAUCAGAGAAACAUGGAAACAGAUGAGGCGCAGGAUAUGACUCAAAUGUCAGGAAAUCAAAGUCCUGCAUUAAGUGAAGGUUUGGAAGAUAAUGAUGAACCCAUGCCUAUGCCUGAGGAUCUUUCAACCAAUGCAGCGUCACAACAGGCUGCCAAGACUGAGAAAUCUAUUGCCGGCAAUAUAAAGGUAGAGACCCACAGUGAUGAGGAGAAUGGUCGUGCCUGUGAAAUGAAUGGAGAAGAAUGUGCUGAAGAUUUACGAAUGAUUGAUGGUGUCGGGGAGAAAAUGAAUGGCUCACUGAACGGACAAGGCACCAAAGCCUUAACAGGAGUUGGAGGUAUUCGACUUCCUAACGGAAAACUAAAAUGUGAUAUCUGUGGGAUAAUAUGCAUCGGCCCCAAUGUGCUCAUGGUACACAAAAGAAGCCACACUGGAGAGCGGCCAUUUCAAUGCAACCAAUGUGGUGCUUCAUUUACCCAGAAAGGCAAUCUCCUUCGCCAUAUCAAAUUACACUCUGGUGAAAAGCCCUUUAAGUGUCACUUGUGUAACUAUGCAUGCAGACGAAGAGAUGCACUCACUGGUCAUCUCAGAACACACUCUGUGGGUAAACCACACAAGUGUGGCUAUUGCGGCCGCAGUUACAAACAACGAAGCUCUUUGGAAGAACAUAAAGAACGGUGUCAUAACUACUUGCAAAGUAUGGGCCUGCAGAAUAACAUUUACUCAGCAAUAAAAGAAGAGAGCAAUCAUACUGACAUGGCAGAAGAUCUCUCUAAGCUUGGGUCUGAAAGAUCUCUUGUUUUGGACAGACUUGCAAGUAAUGUUGCCAAACGUAAGAGCUGUAUGCCUCAGAAAUUUGUUGGUGAGAAACGUCUGUCAGACCUACCAUAUGAUGCAAACAGCAAUUUUGAAAAAGAAAAUGAAAUUAUGCAGACACAUGUUAUGGAUCAGGCCAUCAAUAAUGCAAUUACAUAUUUAGGAGCAGAAUCCUUACGUCCACUAGUUCAGACACCACCAGGUGGCCCUGAAGUGGUUCCAGCUAUUAACACAAUGUAUUCUCUGCAUAAACCCCAUCCUGAUGUUGCAUCUCACACAAACCAGGCAGCCCAUGAAAGUGCAGUUGAAAACCUGCUGUUACUUUCCCAGGUUAAAUCCAUUUCUUCUGAGAAAGAAGUUUCCCCAAGUAAUAGCUGUCAAGAUUCCACAGACACUGAAAGCAACAAUGAAGAAAGGGGAGGACUUAUAUAUCUGACCAGUCACAUAGCACCGCAUACCAGAAAUGGGCUGUCUGUAAAAGAAAAUAAGCCAUUUGAUGUGUAUAGAGCUGCCAAUGACAAUUCUCAAGAUGCUUUCAAAGUUAUCAGUGGUAGCGGGGAAGCAGUAAAAGUCCACAAGUGUGAGCACUGUCGAGUCCUCUUCUUGGAUCAUGUGAUGUACACCAUCCACAUGGGCUGUCAUGGUUUUCGUGAUCCAUUUGAGUGCAACAUGUGUGGUUACCAGAGCCAAGAUAGAUAUGAGUUUUCAUCACAUAUUACCCGAGGUGAACAUCGUUUCAACAUGGGUUGAGACAACAUCAACUAUGCCUUGAUUAUCAUGUUCCACACAAAAAAAGCACAAUUGUUUUGCAAGAGGAACAUUUCAUGAAACAUCUAUGAAUACAACAUUGCAUACCCCUUACUACAGAAAACAAUUGAACUACUUUUUCUCAAGACAGCAUGCAUUUUUUACAAGCUUUUUAUUGUUACUGUAACAUGGUGCCUCAUUUUUGAGCAUUAUGUAUUUGAAGAUAUUUUGAAAAGUCUUUGUAUUAAGAAAUGUAGAACUUACAUCACUGUUUAUAGCUAGCAUAUGUCCACUGUACACAUCUCUAAUUAUAUAUAUAGGCAUUUCUAUGCAGAAUAAAGAGUUCUUAUAAAUUAUUAUUAUUUUUUGCAAAUGUUACAUGAAUUCGUGAAGUAUAUAAUUCAUGUCAAGCUUUAUGCUGUAGCAUACAGGCACAAGAGUUGUUCAAGGGAAUAGUUUUUAUGUUCAUUUUUAGUUCAUCGUUACAGAACUUAAUAAAUAUUUAAGGUAAAUACUAUACAUUACAGUAUAUACAGUAUAUCGCCAUAAAUAUAAUGUUAUUGAUAAAUGCAUUUCUUUACAAAACUGACAGUAGCAUACUACAUAAUUGUAUAAUAUGGGCUUAUUUAUAGGUUCUGGUAUAAACAUUAUUUUUGAGGGGCGUUAUUCUCAUUUUGUAUGCUUCUAAAAUUCUGCAGUAGAGUGUUUUAACUACAUUUCUGUACAUACUCACGAACAAUCCUACCAUUGUAUAGAGCUUGAAGAGCUAGACUAUUCAUAGUAGUCUUUUUUGUACAGUCAUGGCCGUAAAUGUUGGCACCCCUGA